CGCUCAUGCUUUGUGUGGUGGAUGAUGGGACAAUAGCCGCUCAUAUGACGAUGAGCCCCUUUGGCUAUUCAUAGUUAUUGUCCACAGUUACGUCUAGCUGUUGUCAGCUGGAGUGUGUCUGUGGUGUGCGCAAGCGUUUUCAGGAAAAAACAAACAGAAGAAAGCUCAAGAUGUGGAAACGAGAAAAAAUGUGGCUGAUUAAGCCACCUACUGAGCACCCAAAGGAGUCAAAAUACAGGCCUGUGCUGGAGAGUUUACUCCCCCGUGACCCAAUGAGCAGGUUUAAUCUGAAGAGAGGCUCCCCUAAAGAUGAGUUCCCAAACCUGGACCAAAACUACACCCUGAUGGGCCAGAUCCUCAGCCUGCACAUGUAUACACGACAGUUCAACCGGGCAACUGAAAGCGGGGUCAUUUUUGAUGAUAUCAUACGCCCCGGACUUGAGGAUCCGAGUCAGCCCACAGGACCGAAAGCAGUGGGCUGUUUAGCAGGAGAUGCUCAGUCAUAUAUCCUGUUCUGUGACUUCUUUGACCGUAUUAUCGAGUCUUACCAUGGCUACAAGGUCACCACUGACAUUGUUCAAGAGAGUGACUUCAAUUAUGACAACCUGAAGGGUGGUGAUGACUUUGAUCAAGAAUAUGCUAUGAGCUGUGAGGUGACUGCAGGCCGCAGCAUUGAGGACUACUGCUUCCCCACACACUGCAGCAGAGGAGAGCGCAGACAGCUCUUCACACUGGCCAAAACAGUUCUAGAGCAGCUGGGUGAGGAUCUGCCUGGAAAGCUUUACUCCAUAGAUGAACUCAGCCAUGAGAGUGAAGAUCGCAAGGUUAUGAUGGACUCUCCACCACUGUCUUUGAUAAAGAUCGGUGUGGCUCGUGACUGGCCCGAUGCAAGGGCACUGUGGUUAAGUGAGGAUGGGACCCUGGCUAUUUGGGUGAACAUGGAAGACCACCUGAAACUGGUGUCUUACAGAAGUGAUGCCUGCUUACAAGAGGCAUUUAAAACGAUCUGCAUCAGUGUGAUGAAGUUGGAGACCCUAUAUAAGAAACUGAGACAUGCAUUUAUCUGGAAACCUCACUUGGGCUGGGUGGUCAGCUCACCUGCAGAGGUCGGCACAGGCCUGAAGGCAAGCGUCACAGUGAAACUGCUGCAUCUCGCCGAGAACAAACGCAUGGACGACAUCCUGGAAAGACUACGACUUCAGAUGGAAGUAACUGAUUGUCCUGGCAUCUACAAAAUCAGCAACCUGCAGACCAUUGGUUUUAAUGAAGUGGAGCUGACCCAGCUAGUAGUGGAUGGGGUCAAACUUCUCAUCCGAAUGGAGAAAAGACUGGAGAACAAUGGUGGUAUAGAUGACCUGGUACCAGCUCAGAAGUGAAGCGACCAUCAGGCUUUUUGUUUUAGUGACAACCGAAAUACCAUUGGUCUAGAGAAAAGUAUUCUGUUCUGAUCAACACCAUGAUGAAAAAGGGACUUUGCAACAAGUUUUUCUUGAUGUUUGUAAAAUAUUGUUGAUGCUAGCUGUUUGGUGAAUCUCAUGUAGAAAUGUCUAGAUUAUAUUUCACCCUAUUCUACAUAAAGACAAUGAAUUC